CAUGCACUGAUGCUCGUCCACAUGCAUGCACACGCAUCACUCCCGACCUCACAGGUGCCACUAAAGCAGCAGCAGCAGCAGCACCCCGACAGCAAAGUAACACAAGUGACCGCCACAAUGGAUGGACAUCACAAAGACCGCAGAAUGACUCACUUGUGGAUAUUAACGUUUUUGAUAUCGGUCUAACCACUCCUUUUGCACUGGAUAAUUCUUCCCUUGGAGCUGGAACUUCUGCGGGAUUCUAUUUAUUUGCAUUUUGGAUCUCCCUCCCCAGCGCCAGGAUUUUUGGACUAAACACUUCUAAGGAUACGCACAUCAAGCUCUAAAGGAUGGCCGUUUGGUUCACAUCUAUUCUCGCAAUAGUUAUAACAUGUUUUACUCAGGUUCGGGGAUCAGGUGUGUUCGAGAUCGAUCUGCAUCACUUUGAUAAUUCCAAAGGUUCGCUGGCCAGUGGAAGAAGCUGCGGCGCGAGCGGCUGCAGGACUUUUUUCACGGUUUGUCUGAAGAAUUUCCAAACCGUGGUGUCUCCCGGAGCUUGUCUUUUUGCCAAGGCCAUUACACCUGUUUUGGGCACCGACUCGUUCAGCAUGCAGCCGGACACCAGGCUGCGGUUGCCGCUUAACUUCACUUGGCCGGGUGCCUUCUCACUGAUUAUUGAAGCUUGGCAUUCGUCUGCUGAAGAACCUGGAGAUACCACCAACCCUGAAUUGUUGAUUGGCUCUUUUGCCAUCCAAAGACAGGUGGGAAUAGGGAAUGAGUGGUCCCAGGAAGUGCAGAGCGGGACGCAGACGGAGCUAAGGUACUCAUACCGCUUCAUCUGCAAUGACAAUUACUACGGGGACACUUGUUCCAAAAUAUGCGCUGCCAGAGACGACGUUUUUGGCCACUACACCUGCAAGCCUGACGGGCAAAUAGCGUGUCUGCCAGGAUGGAAGGGACAAUACUGCCAAGAACCGAUCUGUCUUGAAGGCUGCAAUGAAAAUAAUGGAAACUGUACAAUACCUGGAGAAUGCAAAUGCAGAGAAGGCUGGCAGGGUGUCUUCUGUGAUGUGUGUAAACCGCAUCCAUCAUGUAAACACGGUACAUGCACGGAGCCGUGGGAGUGUGCCUGCAAGGAAGGCUGGGGCGGAAUACUUUGCGACCAAGAUCUGAACUACUGCACACACCACAAGCCAUGCGCCAACGGGGCCACGUGCAUGAACACGGGCCAAGGCAGCUACACCUGCGCCUGCUUGCCGGGCUUUACGGGGGUCAACUGCGACUCGGAUGUCAGGGUGUGUGACAGACGGCCCUGUCGCAACGGAGCCAACUGCUUAGAGACGGAGAAUGGAUAUAGGUGUGAAUGUCCACUAGGCUUUACCGGGACACACUGUGAACAACGGACGCUGACGUGCAUGGAUACGCCCUGCUUACUUGGCGGCAAGUGUAAAGAGACGGCGAACGGUCAUAGCUACGUGUGCGAGUGUCCAGCGGGCUACACUGGACUCAACUGUGAGAAGAAAUUGGAUAAAUGCACUUCCCUACAAUGCACUAAUGGUGGCCAUUGCAUGGUGCACGGCAACCUGCGUGUGUGCAAUUGCCGCGCCGGCUUCACAGGCCUGCGUUGUGAGAUCAACAUCAACGAGUGCGCCAGAAAUCCCUGCGCUAACGGCUCUACCUGCGUAGACCGCAUCAACGACUACACUUGUAUGUGCCCCCCCGGCUAUACCGGACGACACUGCGAUAGGCUGACAGAUCGCUGCGCCUCCUGGAUCUGCCUCAACGGUGGCACCUGCACUGUCGGCAGCGAAGGUCAGCCGUCCUGCCUCUGCCCCUCCCAUUACAGCGGUCCACAGUGCCAGUCCGCCCACGUGCCUUUGUCUACCGACCCCAAUAUGGGCUGGGAGUCCAACGAGAAGCUCAGCUGGGUGGCCAUCACCUUGGGCGUCGGCCUUGUGGCGUUUCUUGUGCUCUCCUGCAUGUUCAUUUUGGUCAUGAAGCAGUUGAAGAAGCAGAGAAACCAGCAGCAGAACUCUGAGACCAUGAACAACCUCACCAAAAGUGAUUUCCAGAAAGGCAACCUUAUAUCCACAUUAGAGCUCAAGAACACCAACAAAAAAAUGGACAUGGAGGUGGAUUGCUCCAGUGAGAAAUCCAACCACAAACACAUCAACCAAUUCCACAUGGACUAUAAAGCCUUCACGGGGUACAAAGAUGAACAAUGCCUCCUAGAUAAAGAUGAAAACUGUGAAAAGAUAGACGACAAAAAGCAUCUGAGUAGAAUGUACAGUGAAAGGCCAGAAUGCAAAAUAUCAACAAUAUGUUCUUCCAGAGAGUCCUUGUACCAGGCUGUCUUUGUGAUAGCAGAAGAAAAACAGGAAUGCAUUCUUGCUACUGAGGUGUAAUAAUUGGAAGAUGUGACAACCAUUUCUUGUGGACUGUUUACAAGCGUGGAGAGGGACAUGGAUUUAUUUAAAUGCAAAGUUGCUGCUCUUGAAAACUUGAUGACUGGACGGAGCCCGAGUGCUCGACGAAUGCAAUAGAACUAAAGCUACUAAACUCUGGAAGAAUGUAAAGACUUUGGGACCGAACGUCGCGCAUUGCGAUUUGUUCCGACCUCUGUGUUCGUCUGAGGAUCUGAGUGUUGACGAGGACAAGAUGAUGUUGAUGCGCUUCCCUUCGACUUAUUGCGGCAGUCAACACAUGAAAGAAUUGUUGACUUUUUUUUGCCAUGUGUUUCAUUGCUCAUGAUUCAAACAAGAAAACUGCUCUGCGCUUGUUUAAAAGCUUACUGAAAAACGGUUCAUUUUUUUGGUUAUCAGCUUUGGGGGAAAAAAUCACACAGUGUCCAGUAUACAGCCUAGAUCACAGAGCCUUAUAUACUUAAGCAAAACUAUGUGCCCCGAGCCUUAUCUUAUCUUGAUUCCUUUGCACAGGACAAAAAGAUGCAAAGCCAUGCAACGCUACUAUCACAUGCAGGGAAACUCCAGAUAAGGCCUUGAUAAGUUUUAAAAUCUUAUGCAAAAUUCACACUUAAGACAAAGAAAUAAGUGACUAUUGUACCAAGGACGCCUUCAAUGGAAAUUACUGAACCAAUAAUGUUAUUUUAGUAUUUCAUUCGUUAUUUAAGAAAAUGACGCACUGAUCUUUUCUUCCUUUUUAUAAGAUUAUUUUGUAUAUAGUGUAUAUUUAUAUGUUGAGAUUAGAAGUAUGUCUGUAAGGUGAUGCAUCAAAAGUGUGAAUUUAUUUGAAAGUGCUUUGGAUGUUUUGAUUAUUGUUAUUUGGUUGUUAUUACUGUAAAUACAUAUAUAAGGACAGAAUCCCCAAAUACAUAUCUGGUACACUGUUUAUCUGUUGGUCUUCAAUGGUCGCAUGAACAAGUGGUCAAAUAUAGAUUUGUGAUUACAAGUCAUCUAGAGUCUAUUUACUAGCGUUUUUAUGGGUUCCGUGUCUGUUUUUAAUGAAAUUUUGAGUGUGAUGUGAAAUAAGUGUGCUAGCAAUCAGCAUUAAAGCAACACUAGUAAACUUUUCAAGCUUUAUAAAAUAUUUUCAUAAUUGUGUUGUUUUCGGCAGCCAUUUUAAUUUUCGUCUUAGUCACCGCGCUAAAUGUUAAUGCUAACGCGAACGCUAGGCUAACGCUACACGUUAGUUUAUUG